AUGGAUUACAUUGAUGCCGUUCAUUGCAUGCAAAACACCCCUCCAAUUCUUCCAUCGGAACAAUACCCUGGCGUUCGUCAUCGGAUGGAUGAUUUCACUGCUGUGCACAUGGGUCACGCGACUAGUGUUCACGCGAAUGGGGCACUUUUGGCAUGGCAUCGUGAGUUUAUCUGGCUCUGGGAACAAGCCUUAAGACAGGAAUGCUCGUACCAAGGAUAUCUUCCGUAUUGGGACUGGCCUCUUUAUGCCCAAAAUCUUACCGCCAGUCCUCUUUUUGAUGGGUCUCCCACUUCCCUUUCCGGUGAUGGGGACCCAGAUAACAAUGACUGCGUGACUACUGGCCCCUUUGCCAACAUGCAGGUCAAUUUUCGACAAGGGGCACAUCCAACACUCGAAUUACCCGAGAAUCUCUUCCACUAUACGCCUCAUUGCCUAAAUCGCCACAUAAACUCCUCUAUGACGGCAAUAUUUUCCAACGCCGCUGCGAUCAGCCAUCUACUUGAAUCCCCAGAUAUUAUCACGUUUCAAGAACGAAUGGACAUUAGCAUGGACCCCGCAGUGUGGGCGCGACAGUUCGGGCCGCACACGGCCGGACAUAGAGCCAUGACAGGCACAAUGGAGGACUUCUUCUCCUCGCCACAAGAUCCAGCGUUUAUGUUGCAUCAUGGAAUGGUUGAUCGAAUGUGGACGAUCUGGCAGGCUCAAGAUGAGAAGAACCACCGGUGGGCCAUUAAUGGGACUAUGACAUUGUAUAAUUCCCCCUUGACACCGGAGUUGACGCUGGAGACCGAGUUCAGCUUCGGUGUUCUCGGACGGAGCAAGAAAAUGAGGGAGUUGAUGAACCCGGAGCAGGGUGAUUAUUGCUACGAAUAUGUAUGA